CGGAGCUUUGACCCCGCUGAAAGUCGAUUUCGUGCGCUAUGGGCGGCGGUAGGUAGGAGCAACGGCAAACGUAAAGAAAGGAGGUAGCGAGAGCGACAUGUGUACGUUUUCACAGUCACCGGCAGCCUUGAAGGCAGGCGUCCGUCGAGUGAUGCAUGAUCAGCGGCGCAUCGCGUGCAGUGCCGGGAGGGACCCCGCCAUCACACUUUGGGAAAGUGUGGCUGAGGCAAUAUCGACCAACCAAAAUUUCAGCUGCAGUGAACUUCACGCUCAUUCCAACGAUGGCCGCAAAAUUGAAGGCGAAGUCUGUAGACGGCACAGCAAAACGUAGAGGGCACCUGAGGUCCAAGGUGGAGAAGCGUGAUGACGACAUCAUCCAUACGAACGACAGCAGUAUUGUGUCGAAGCGCUGUGUAUCGAAACUAUAUCUCAGCAACGAGCCAGACUUUUACGAACCGUUUGCACCAAAGUAUGUCCGCCGCAACCCACUCAUCAACCGUGGCUAUUGGCUACGAAUGCAUGCUAUUGAGCAAGUCGUCAAGCGCUUCCUCGAAGAGGACGACGGCAAGAAGAAAGUUGUAGUGAACCUGGGAUGCGGAUACGAUCCAUUACCCUUUCAGUUUUGGCAUCGAUAUCCAUCACUUACUGAUAAAGCUACAUUCGUAGAUGUGGAUUACCCUCAGCUGAUCGAAAAGAAGAGCGAUGUGGUGUUCACCAAAAGCUUGCUCCGAGAUGCAUUGCUCAAGACAGGACUGCGCUCAGUAGUGGCUCCAGUCCGAGUCCGAAGUGACCAGUACAUGGCUAUUGGUUGCGAUCUAAGAGAUCUAUCGCUUCUUGAGCAUACUCUACGAUGCGAACUGGAUAUAGCCAAUUCAUCCAUUCUGUUUAUGGCUGAAGUGAGUGUUACAUACAUGCCACUUGUAGAUGCCAACAAGCUCAUUAAAUGGGCAAAUACGUUCGAAUCCUCUCGCUUCUGUGUAUUAGAGCAGUACCUACCUCAAGGACCAAACCAUCCCUUUGCGCAUACUAUGUUGACACACUUUGAUAAGCUGCACGCCUCUAUUAACUCCGUCAAGCAAUAUCAAACACUGGCCCAACAGUCUUCAAGGUUUCUUGAUGCAGGUUGGCCAUCACUAGAGCUGGUUGAUAAUCUGUGGGCUUUGUGGUCUGACGACUCCUUCACCCCUCCAUCGCUUCGCAGAAAGGUGGAUGCAAUUGAACCCUUCGACGAAUGGGAAGAAUUCGCCUUAUUUGGCGCUCAUUACUUCCUUCUGGUCGCAUCAAAUGCACAGGCAGAUGCUGCUACUCUACCAGAUGUCAGCAGACAUUACACGGACGCACACGUCGACUCAAGCUCCGGUCCAACGUCAAUCUCGCUACGCUCCGUAGAGCUACCGAAAGAUUCCACAUGGACGCCACGACGUUUCAAUGCAGCCUUCACCCUCGGUGAGGACACCAUCGCUGUUCACGGCGGACAGGGACCGCAAAACCGCUUGUCCAGCAUUAGCGCACUUGCACGCGGCAAUGCGGAAUUCCAGAUCCAGGCUAAAUCUACGCUGCAGCCUUCGGCGCGUAUGUGCCACACCAUAACAAACAUCAGCGAGGCUAGUGUACUCCUGGUCGGUGGCCGGGCGUCUCCUGCCCAGGCACUGGCUGAUUGCUGGCUGAUGAGCCAGGGUGAGUGGUCUGCAGUAGACGACAUACCUUCACCGCGCUACAGGCAUUCUGCCGUCUCUGUGAAUUUGUCACACGGCCUGUCUCAGAGUGCGGGGAUUCUAGUGUUUGGGGGUAAGUCCAGCGAUGGCGCAGUGCUAGAUGACUGGCUCCUGUGGACGCCCAACAGCGGCUGGCACAGUAUUCUCAUUGACGGUCCGCGUCCACCGGCACGAUUUGGUGCCGCAAUAUCUGUGUUGGCUGCGGCACAGUCUGCACAGACUCUUGGGUUGCUCGUCGGGGGUAUUGGUGCGUGCGGCACAGUGUUAGACGACGUAUGGGAGUGGUCGCUUUCGGGCACAGCACCACCACGAUUGAGUUUCCGAGACAUGACCAACAAAGUCCGCAGCGGCUUAACAAACUCUACUCACGCGCGGGUCGGCGCCACUUUGUUGCCCUGGGGAGACGCGUUGCUCCUCAUUGGAGGUGUUCCAAAGCUUGGGAUUGUCAGUCUAGCAGAAGAAUUUAUGCUACUAACGCACAGUAAGACAGGGAUAGAUAUUCAGCACCCCAAGAUCCACUUGCCUGCUUACUGGCCGUUGCUUGUUGGAUCAGGUAUACGCGCGAUGUCUCGAGACGAGAUUGUAGUGGCGGGCGGUGGCGCUGUCUGCUUCUCUAUGGGCUCUUUCUGGAAUGAGCAAUACCUCACCCUCACACCGUGUGAGACAGAAACUAACUUACGGGCGCCAUUGUUUCCACAAAAGAGCAAUACAUCACUGGUAGCUGAGACUACCAUGCGUGAUGAGCGCAAAGUGCUGCCUAGGAAAAACAAGAAGGCCGCAAAAGGUCCGAAGUCCGUGGCCAUCGCUCGCGUACAGCUACAUACUCCACAGGACUUUGCUGCCUUAGUGAAAACAUCGAAGCCUGCUAUCAUUGCAGGCCUAGAGAUUGGUCCCUGCACUGAGCUUUGGACGACGGAGUACCUUGAAUCCAAACUUGGCUCCGACCGCGAGCUCAUAGUCCACGAAUGCAGUUCUUCAGCCAUGACCUUUGGCACCAAGAACUUCACCUACGAAAAACGCAGCGUGUCGUCCUUCUUCUCCAGCAUCAGAAACGGCGCACCGUCCUAUCUGCGUGCCAUCUCCAGCACCCAGCCUAACAAGCUACCCACACGCUUGGAAGACGACUUCCCUAGUAUCGCACCAGACUUCCAGAUCCCGUCGCUCUGCCGCUCUGUCAUCAACGAUACGACAUACCAUAGCAGUCCACUACGCAUCAGUGGCCCAGUGAGCUUGUGGCUGCACUACGACGUGCACCCAAACAUUCUCUCGCAAAUUUCAGGCACCAAAGUACUGACCCUCUACCCGCCAUCCGACGUCUCGCACCUUGCAUAUCCUCCCGGUGCAUCCUCAUCUUCUCUUCCUCUGUCAGCGCUAGAUCACAACCCCAAAAUCCACCCACACACUGCAGCCUUGGCACCGGGCGACGUGCUCUUCAUACCGCCAAUGUGGAGCCACACUGCGACGCCAAAUGAGGGCGUGAGUGUAGCGGUAAAUGUGUUUUGGAAGGGCUUGGGCGAGACGGAGUAUGCGGCGGGCAGGGAUGUGUACGGUAAUCGAGAUCUGAAGGGGUACGAAAAUGGGAGGAGAGAUGUAGAGAAGAUUGUAAGGGCUUUCAAGGGCCUGCCGGCGGAUGUGAGUGACUUCUAUUUGAAGAGGCUGGCGAGCGAGAUUUUGGAGAGGGGAAAGAGGCAAUCGGAGAAGGCAGUUAGAGAGAAGGAUGGUGGGGAGGAGAACGCUCGAGAGAGCUGAGGAAGAUCUCGUGUCGUCAAGAUUAGGGAUGGAGAAAGUCGUUAACAUAUGAGAUGUC